GACAGACAGACAGACAGACAGACAGACAGACAGACAGACAGACAGACAGAUGUGACUGAAAACAUUACCUCCUCCCCUUGGUGGAGGUAGUUACUUGAUAAUUUAGCACCACAGAUAAGCAUUAUGUAUCUUCAGGGAGUAUGAUUUGAAUAUAGUGAUUUGAAUAUAAUAAUUUGAAUAAGUGCAGCUAUUGUGCAUUCGUCAGAACCACUCAGUUCUUCAUUGUUCACUUGGCAGAGAUGAGUAAAUCUACAAACGGCUGCCAGAGCUGCCUGCAUUAUGUUUUUGACUAUGAAACAACAAAAACACUGGUCGUCCCCAGCCUGAGGGUAGGACUGGUCUUCAGGUUGGCCCAGCUCGUGGUGCUGCUGUAUGUGGUGGGGUAUGUGUGUGUGGUGCAGAAGGCCUACCAGGAAACUGACUCGGUCAUCAGCACCGUCACCACUAAGGUCAAAGGUUUCGUCUUCACCAACACAUCCAACAUGGAGCCUCGGUUUUGGGAUGUUGUGGAUUCUGUCAUCCCCCCUCAGGGGGAUCAUUCUUUCUUUGUGCUGACAAACUUGGUGGAAACCCCUGAUCAAACCCAGUCACGCUGUCCUGAGUUUCCAACCCCUUCAACUAUCUGUGUGGAYGACUGUGACUGCAUUGUGGGACACAAUGAUCCUCGAGGCAACGGUGUACAGACCGGACUGUGUGAGAAUUAUUCAACCACCGUAAAGACGUGUGAAGUGCACUCAUGGUGCCCUCUGGAAAUAGACACCAAGCUGCCUGAACGUGCACUCCUGGCUGCAGCAGAAAACUUUACGGUGUUAAUAAAAAACAGCAUCACAUACCGAAAGUUCAACUUUCACAGGAGAAACAUACGGCCUCAUGUUAACUCCUCGUACCUGAAGUCGUGUGAGUUCAACCGUAAGACCAACCCCGACUGCCCCAUAUUCCGCCUCAAACACAUUGUGUCUGAAGCUGGAGAGGACUUCCAGGAGAUGGCUGUGAAGGGGGGCAUUCUUGGUAUCCUCAUUGACUGGAGCUGUGACCUGGACUGGUGGCCAGGGAAGUGUUACCCCAGGUACACCUUCAGCAGGCUGGACAGCAAAGACCCUGUCAACAAUGUAUCCCCUGGUUACAACUUCAGGUUUGCAAAGUACUACAAAACAGCAGAUGGACAGGAAACACGAACGCUGAUCAAAGCUUAUGGGAUUCGCUUUGAAGUCAUUGUUUUUGGAACCGCUGGAAAAUUUGCCAUUGUGCCGACCAUAGUGAACUUGGGUGCCACCUUGGCCUUCCUGAGUUUGGUGCCUGCGAUCACAGACUGGUUCAUGUUAAUGUUCAUGAGGAGGAGAGAGCUUUACAGCAGACACAAAACAUCCCAUCUGACUGAGGAGCAGAACGCUGAAUCUACUUCAAUGAGUACAACGUAUGGAACCCAGUAGCAGAUUCAAGCCAACAURAACAGAAUCUCAUGAAAACUUGCUCUGAAAUAUUAUAAAACUAAAGCUUCAAUAAAGGUUUACUUGCAGAAAUAAAA